CUGAGCAGACUCAACAUGGAGAGGACAGUUAUCUGUCUCAUGGUCAUUUUCUUGGGAACAGGGGCCCAUAAGCCAAGUUCCCCAAGGCCUGACCGCCUCAUGAUCAGAAUGAAUCAACUUAUAGACAUUGUUGACCAGCUGAAAAACUAUGUGAAUGACUUGGACUCUGAAUUCCUGCCAGCUCCACAAGAUGUAAAGGGACACUGUGAGCAGUCAGCUUUCUCAUGUUUUCAGAAGGCCAAACUUAAGGCAGCAGAUAAAGGAGAAAAUGGGAAGAUAAUCCAAGGAUUCAUCAAACAGCUGAAGAGGAAACUACCUCCAACAAAAGCAGGGCAAAGAGAAAAACAAAAACUUGUAUGUCCUUCAUGUGAUUCUUAUGAGAAAAAACCCCUCAAAGAAUUCCUCGAAAGACUGAAAUCUCUUCUCCAAAAGAUGAUUCACCAGCGUCUGUCCGGGAGCCCUGGGGCGUGAAGAUGGUUGGGGAUUUCACUGCAGUUGGACACUAUACUACAGACUCUAACAUAGCCUGAAACUUACCUCUCCUAUUCCAA